AUGCUCGAAUUUCUUUUUAUUGUAAUUUCAACUUUUGUCACGUGCCAUGCUGAGUUUCUGGAUGCAGAGGAUACGCGUUGGGUCAGAGUUUGUACGAAAUGGAUUCCAUGCCUUUUGCUUGCGAUUAUGAUCCAAAAUGAGAAAAAGAAGACGAAAUGCAUCCCAGGUGCACCAACAACGAUCCAAGUUGGUUUGUUCUUUUCUGCCAUCGGUGAUGUUUUUCUGGUCUACGGAAUGUACGAAAACUACUUUAUUGCUGGCGUAUGCUUCUUUGGCAUUGCACAAAUGUUUUACACAAUGUCAUUCGGCUGGGAAGUUUGCAACUACGUCUCGAUGAUGAUGAUGGUCUCUAUGAACUACAUUCUUCAGAGAACGGUCAUCGCCGAGGUUCAAGAUGAGAAAAUUCAUGUCAUGGUUGUUGGUUACAGCGUUCUUCUUACUUUUAUGGGCUGGAGAGCUGUUGAUGCUGCAGUAGCACCUGAUGCUUCUGGCUGGGAGCGAGUCUAUUCUCUUCUGGGAGGCAUCAUUUUCGUUAUUUCCGACCUUAUGAUCGCUGUGAAUCAAUUCGUUCGACCGAUUCCAAAUCACAAACUUUAUAUUUUGAGCACUUACUUCUUUGCCCAGUACUGUCUCGCUCAAUGGUCAAUUUGCAAGGCUCACCGAAUGCCCAAGAUAAAAACCAACUAA